AAAAAAAAAAGACUAAAAACUAGAGCUGUUUUAGGUACUAAAGCAAUACUAACUUCCCUAACUAUGGAGGCCGGAGUUUCUUUGCACUCAAGCAGUGCUAACAUAACUUUGUCCAUGUGCUCAAACACUCAUCGUCCAUCUUGACUGUGGCAGCUGGGUUAAAUAGGGAAAUGUUCCCACCUUUUCCAAUUAGAACAUACCAUUAUUUACAGUGCAGUGAAAAAGUAUUUGCCCCCCCUUCCUGAUUUUUCAUACCAAGUUUUUUUUAGAUCUUCAAACGAGACAAAACAAAGGCAGCCAGAGUAAACACAAAAUACAGUUUUCAAAUAUAUAUAUUUUUUAUUGAAGCAAAAAAGUUAUCCAACACCAGUAUCACCGAUGUGAAAAACUAACUGCCCCCUUAAACUUAAUAGCUGGUUGGCAGCAACAACUGCAACCAAACACUUCCGAUAACUGAAGAUCAGUCUUUCACAACGCUGUGGUGGAAUUUUGGCCAACUCUUCUUUGCAGAACUGCUUUAGUUCAGCCACAUUGGAGGGUUUGAGCAUGAACUGCUGUUUAAGGUACUGCCACACCUUUAAGGAUGCCAAGCAUCCCCACACCAUCACACUACCACCACCAUGCUUGACUCAUCAGUUCAUGCAACAUUCUCCAAAAAGGUUUGAGGAUCAUCAAGGUGUGUUUUGGCAAAAUUCAGAUGAGCCUUAAUAUUCUUCUGGGUUAGCAGUGGUUUUCACCUCACCACUCUUCAAUGGAUGGCAUUUUUGGCCAGUGUUUUUCUAAUAGUGGAGUCACGAACAGAGACCUUUAUUGAUGCGAGAGAGGCCUGCAGUUCCUUGGAUGUUGUCCUUGGCUUUUUUGUGACUUCCUGGAUGAGUCGUUGCUGUGCCCUUGGAGGAAUUUUGGAAUGUCAGCCACUUCUGGGAAGGUUCACUACUGUGCAACGUUUUCUCCAUUUGGAGAUAAUGGCUCUCACUGUGUUCUUUGGAGUCCCAGAACAUUUGAAAUAGCUUUGAAACUUUUUCCUCAUCAUUUCUGGAAUUUCUUUCGACCUUGGCAUAGUGUGCUACUCGGUGAGACCUUUUAGCCAACCUCAUGCUGCUGAAAAAGUUAUAUUUAGGUGUUGAUUUGAUUGAACAGGGCUGGCAGUAAUCAGGCCUGGGUGUGUCUAGUCCAGCUGAACCCCAUUAUGAAUGCAGUUUCAUAGAUUUUGGGAUUUAGUAACUAAGGGCAAAUACUUUAUCACACAGGCCCAGUUGGUAUUGGAUAAUUUUUUGCUUCAGUAAAUAACAUUAUCAUUUAAAAACGGUAUUUUAUUUUUAUUUAUUUAUUUAUUUAUUUUUUGUAAACUGCCUUUGUUUUAUGUUAGAUUUUGUUUGAAUUAAAGUUAAACAAUUUAGUAUGAGAAAUACACAAAACAGAAGAAAUCAGGAUGGGGGCAAAUACUUUUCCACAGCACUGUAAAUAAAAUUAACCAUCACAUCCCCAUUCUUAAAUACAAAAUCUUUGAAUUAAUACAUGAGAAUGAGUUAAAAUGAGAGUUAAAACACCAACAGAUACAAUCAAUAGGACAUAUAAAAACAUUUGCACAAUAAAACACCAAUAAAUAUUGAAAAUGUCUGAGUAAAAGAAGAAAUAAGUCCUCUGAACACAGUAAAAUCCAGUGAUGGGAGAUUGCUCCACAGGCUCACCAUCACAAGUUGGCUUCACAAAUGUAUAUGAAUGUACUUUUGGUGUAGUGAUAACUUAGAGAUGUUUUUGUGAUGCUGAUUCACAAAUAUAACUGAUCUGAUCUCUUACCACACGUGGAUGCCGUUUGUAAAAUGGCAAAAUUGCAUGACCACAUUUGUGUUCAUGUGCCCAGGGAACCUGUCCAUAAUUUUAGAAACUCCAAUAAGAAAUACCUGUUAAACUCAAACAAUGAGUCUGCCAUUGAUGGAGGGCUUAGACCUCUAUCAGCAUCACUGGAGAUAACAUGAAAAUAUGAAUACUUCCUUCAUAGUUUUACAUUUGUGAUCAUUUUUCUGAAUUUGUGGACAUAAGCACCACUCAAACAAUUAAACCAUGCAGAAUUAGGUUGAAAGUAAUCCAAAAGUAAUUGGAUUAGAUUACCCCAAAAAUUUAAUCCACGAGAUUGCAUUACUGAUUGCAUUUGUUGUCAUGUAAUUUGUAAUCAGUACCUGAUUACAAUUCACAAGUAAUCUGCCCAGCACUGGCCACAAAACAACAGUGCAGUAGAUGGGGAUGGGACAUUAUUACCUGAGGCUGCAGGGCAAGACUGCUUUGCCCUAAAUUUAAGCAUGACAUCAACCGAUAAAACACUCAUUGGUGAGAUUUUUAAACCAGGUUAUACAGGUAUUUUCAUUUGUUUGUUUGGGUUAGAUUUAGGUCUGGUUAAUAUUUGGGAAGGGCUCAGGCUAAAGUUCAGGGUUGGGAUUCAGGGGGCUGCCCAUGCCAAAUAUACAAUGUUCAUCAAUAGGGUCCUUGUUCUGCCAUAACAACCACCCCCACCCAGCCUAACCCAUUUGCCUCUGUAAAGACUGGAAUUAACUGGUUACCUUAGAGAAAAACAACUUGCUUUAAAAAACAACAUGCUUGCUGUUGGACUUCACAUUUGCUAAAUUGGAUGUCUCACCCCAUCUAGUGGUUCAUCUAUGCAAUGAAGUUCAUUUAGGAUUCAAAGAUAUAAAAUUACAUUAAACAACCGCAUACAGGAGAAAGCACUUACUGAGUGAAUAUGAAGAGUGGAGAGAAAGCGGGUUUGGAUUAGCAUUAUGAAGCUCAUUCUCCACUAUGCAUGCCUAAGGGGAUUUCCUGAGCUUCACAGACCACUUGUAUUCUCAUAAACGUUGCAUUAAUUCGUUGUGUUCAGCUGUUCAUACACACUCUCCAUGGCCAGUUCAACAUGGGUUUUUCAUAAUGGAAAGGGGCUCAGUAGGCAUGGAGCCUUUCAGCCUGCAGGUGCCGGUGGUUGUAACAGGGAGCUUCCUGGGCUUCCAGUGGCUGUUCCACAGAGGUAGCCCUUGGGUGUCUCAACACCUCUGCAAAGGCUUCCUCAAGCUCAGCCCCACAAAGAGGACAGAGUGGAACUCCAGGGCUGUCUCAACAGUACAUGCCAUGGUUGUGGGACUGUUUUGUCUCUACAUAUAUAUCACUGAUGAACCUAUCCAGAAAGACCCAGUCUGGGGAGAUGCCACACUGGUGAAGCUAAAUGUGGCCAUUACCACAGGCUACCUCAUCUCAGAUCUCCUGCUCAUGUUUACCUCAUGGGAGUCAAUUGGAGAGAAAUACUUUGUCAUACACCACUUUGCUGCUCUUUAUGCAUACUACUAUGUGCUGACUCAAGGGAUAUUGCCUUACUUUGCUAAUUUUCGCCUGCUCUCAGAAUUUUCCACCCCCUUUGUGAACCAGCGUUGGUUUUUUCAAAUGUUGGGUUACCACAAGCUUUCCAAACCAUGUCUGGUUAAUGGUGUUGCUAUGACCUCUAUGUUCUUCUUGGUGAGGAUUGCAGUCAUUCCAGCUUACUACAGCCAUAUGUACUCGGUCUUCGGCACGGAUGACUUUUCCAAGCUACCUCUGGGGGCCCGCAGUGCCUGGGUUAUUUCCAGCGUGUCAUUGGAUGUCAUGAACUUCAUGUGGAUGCGCAGAAUCAUUCGCGGAUGUCUCAAAGUCCUUCAGUCUGCAUGGUUGAGAAAAGCAGGAACUGAGAUGGAAAACAGAAAGACAGAGUGACAUGGAGAAGACAUGGACAGAAAUGUAAACAGAAUUAAACACAUUAGCACACAAACCUUCUCUCUUGCGUCAUGCCCAACCUGAUGCUGUUGUUCAAUUGUGAAAUAUAAGUGAAUGUUACGCCUGCUGCUGUAAUCAAUAUCUGCAGGUAGUUUUAAACUAACAAAUAACAGGUAGUUAAAGAAGUCUUUAAUCAAAUGACUUACUUGAUGUCAUCUUCAAAUAUGGGCUCAACUGAAGGAAUUAUAACUCUUCCUCACAAACACUUUCAGUUCGAAGAAAUCAGGUGAUAAAGAUGAUUUUAUAUACAUUCAGGACAAAAGGUGUGGUUGCACUACUUGUUUUAAAGCUGCUAUUAAGAUCAACCAACUUGCCUUUUUAUUAAUGCAAUCAACAAAGCAACAGUACAAUUAAACUUCUAAAGAUACAGUGUGUGCCUCUAGCCCGUGAUGCACAACUUUUCAGAUUGAUAACCAGUGCUGACAACAAUAUGCAUAGGGUUUGUCAAACAGAGUGAUGUCAUUAGAAGAAAUAUAGUGGUAUACAUAUUGGUGAAAUAUCCUAUCUGAUCAUCCUGAAAAGUUUGACAGUGUUUUGCAGCUCAGCAGUGCAGGAAACCAUGCAUGAUUAAAUAUGGAGAAUAUUAUGUACUGUAUGUCUGGAAUGGAAAAUAUAUCAGGUUACACAAUGUUAUAUAAUAUAUAAUACAGUAUGUGUUUGUCAAAACCUAUAACUUGAUGUCAAGAAGCCAUGAAUAAGCUGUUUGCCUGUAGUAUGAUGUUAGAUGGUUGGAAUUGAAGUAAUGACAAUUUUUAUAAUAUGUAAGCUUCAAUAAAGUAAAGCUUUUCAGGUUAUCUAUGAUUAUUAACUUAUCUUUAUGUAUGCAGUUAUAAAACAGCAAUUACUGAUAUGCCAUGAUUUAUUAAAAGGGUGUAUGAACUUAAUAUAAAGAAUUAAAAUGAAAUGAAAAUCAUUUCUACAAACACUGUUAUGAUAUAGAUGCUACGUGAAUGGGGAUGUUUG